AUGCCUGCUAUGCCAGGUGACCAGCAAGUAGACCACUGUCAGUCUCAAAGUCAAGAAGAGUGUUAUGACUGUAGAAUUGGAGAUGGGAAGUCUUCGGUGGUAGACAUUGGUGUCAAGUGUAAAGGAAGCAAAGAAGAGUUUACAGAACCAGAGAAAGUCCAUUUCAGAUUCAAUGGGACGUUCUACAUAUUUAGUGAUGACAAUCUAAUCAACGUUUGUUUUGGGGAGCCGGUUACAACUACUGAAGAUUCAUUUAAUGACGGGGAGCAACCAGAAAAAGCGAGUGAGUUGGCUGUUCACUUAGAUGAGCCAGAAUGCAGUGAGAAAAAGCCAGCACCUACCACUGGUGGGGAUUCUAGUGAUGUUAGUAGUUCUGGAGAUGCUGGUGAUGAACGGAGAGGUGAUGAAGACGGUGGACGGAGAAGAGGUGAUGGAGAUGGAAGAAAAGGCCAAUCUUCUACACAAGGAGAGGAGGAGGAGUUAAAAGAGGAGGAGGAGGCGAUGAAAGACACAGAUGAAAAGGUGGAGGGAAAUGAGAAAGACGCAGAGGAAAAGGUGGAAGAGGAUUACAGAGAGGAAAAGGAUGAGGACAAGGAACAGCAGCAGGAGAAUCUUAAUAGUCCGGCCUACAUUUCGAAGUGUCUGAAGGCAGUUAUGGAAAAUCUAAGAGAUCCUAAAAAUGGUGUAUGUAAUCAGCAAACAGAAUUUACCAGACGAGGCGACUCCUUUCUGAAGCAUUUACGGCAAUGUCAUCUGGGACGCACUGCAUGCGAGGAUUGCCUUUUGAUCUUGCAUGCUUUUGAAUAUCUUGUGUCAAGUACACCAGAUGCUUUCCCAUUUUACAAGGAUUAUAAAAGAGCAAGAAACAAGGAAGAAAGGUACCUAACUAUAUUAAAAUGGCUAUUAAAGAAUCUUCCAGAGAAGAAACUACAGAUGGAAGCAUGUUGUGAAGAUCUCAAGGGAAUGCGUUUCAGCAGUGGUCAGGGGGCCCGACCCAAGAAAAAGUUCAAAGAAGCAGAGAGUAGCAAUAAAGCUAUGGCUAUGGAAACUACUCCUUCCCCAGACAUCGACCCAGUGGGAAAUGGUAUAUUCCCCGGUCCUAGAGGUGGUCAUGUGUUGAACCGUCGACCAGCAGGUGUUAUUUAUGGCGAUCAGGAAACAUGCCGUAACAAAAUUUGUGAUUGGAAUCACAACCAUGAUGCAACUGAUGGUGAAAUCAAUGAUGGCGUUAUCUUUAAUAAAGUAAGGUUUUCAUUAUUUAAUAAUAAUAAUAUGUAAUUGAAAAAUUAUCUCUUGAUAAAAUGAUAACUUUUGAAUAAUAUAUGAAACCAGAAGAAUAGAGCAUUUGGCUAAGUGAUUAGAUUACUGCUAUUCAUAAUGUAGACCCUGGUUCAUGACCUAGCUACUGCAUCAAGUUUUGAAGCCUUUUUUUUUUUUUUAUAGAUUUUUUAUUUGGCCAUCAUAGGUAUAAAAGAGAAUAAUUGAAAGAAUUAAUGGAUAGGUGCAUAAAUGAAAUGAAUGAUUUAAUGAACAAAUAAAUGGUUGUUAUAUUCUACUAUCCCACAGGAAUUAACUUCAAGUUAUAUUG